GUCAGAUAAGCAAACAGUCUACCUUAGCAAAUGAGUUACGACAUACCGACCUAAUUAUUUGGGAUGAAAUUUCAAUGGCAAGACGUGAACUAAUUGAGGCUUUUGACAUUACUAUGAGAGAUAUUAUGGAUAACAACAUCAGUUUUGGUGGUAAAGUUAUAAUCUUCGGGGGGCAUUUCCGUCAAAUUACUCCUGUCAUAAGAGACGGAACAAAGGACCAGUACAUCGAAGCAAGUUGUGUAUCGUCUCCUCUAUUUACACAUGCAGAUAAGUUUCACUUAACUGUCAACAUGCGAGCACAAAACGAUAAAUCAUUUGCAGCAUUUCUUGAGGAAGUAGGGAACAACUCUUGUGUAAAUAACAACAAAGGAGAGAUUCAGAUCCCAACAACUUCAUUGAUUACCUCUGAAAAUAAUGACUUGUUGCAACUAAUUGACAAGAUCUACCCACAUAAUUUACUCCAUCCAAGUUCCUCUGCUGCAUUAAUUGGUAGAUCUAUAUUGACACCAACCAACGAGACAGUUGAUACUAUUAACAAUCAAAUAAUUGAAAGCAUGUUUGGAGAACCAAUCGUACUAAUUGCAAGAGAUGUAACUAAAGAUCCAUCACAACAAGCACAUUAUGAAGAUUACCUAAAUACUUUGACACCUAAUGGUAUGCCACCUCAUAGAUUAGUUUUGAAGACAGGUGCACCAAUAAUGCUAUUGCGUAACUUAGACCCCACAAAUGGCCUUUCAAAUGGUACACGGCUUGUUUGCAAGCAAAUUACACGCAAUCUCUUACAAGCAGAGAUUGCAACUGGCCCGCAAAAAGGAACUUUAUGCUUCAUACCACGAAUACCUUUAAAGCCUAACAAUAUACAUGAAUGCUCUGUUGAGUUCAUACGUACUCAAUUUCCAGUGAAGUUGUGCUUCUCAAUGACCAUUAACAAAUCACAAGGGCAGACAUUAGACGUUGUUGGAGUGUACAUGAAACAACCGGUAUUUAUGCAUGGCCAACUAUAUGUUGCACUAUCACGAGCAAAAUCUUUUGACUCUUUGCAUGUCCUCAUUCCUUCAGACAUCAACACUGGAAUGCAUUGUUCUUGGACGAGAAACAUAGUUUACAAGAAGCUUUUACAAUUGGCUGGCAUUAAUAUACCUCCACUUCCAAAUCCCACAUAGUCCGCAUCCAUAAGAGCCCACCUGCUACCCUUACUCCCACAUUAUUGUCAACAAUCUAUUUCUUUUUUAUUCAGUUUUUGCCUUUUUUGGUCACAUCUCAUGCCGUCUUUAGUUUGUUUCGGGUGAUUUUUCAUGGAUUAUAUUUUUAUGGAGGCUUAAAUCAAACAUGGUAAGUUCUCUAAUAUUUUUAUGAUACACUUAAUUUUGUUAGUGUGAGUUACAGUUAUGCUGCAUUUAUUUAUUCAUGAAUCUUCUAUUUCUGUCAGAAUUUUCAGUCCUGCUUUUUCCUACUGUUUGAUGCAAGCUGAUUUUUAGCUAUUUAUAUUGUUAUGCAUCUAUGGUUUUUUCAUGUAGCAUAUAUGUAAACUGACUUUCUAUCAUCUGCACCUUAUGUACGUAUAUUAUCUCUUAUAGAUUGCUCUCCUAUUUGUUGUCAGAUGUCAACACUUUGAGUUUGUUAUACCUCUGACAAAAUAUGUGAAGGCUAUAUACCACACCAAAGUAGGAGAUGGCAUGCGCUUUCAGAAGCUAUUUGAAACUAAAGAAUCCAGUGUUCAUAACUACGUUGGACAUUCAUUGCAGUUUAUAUUAUAUUAUUGCGUUUCAAAUUAGGAAAUGCUGGGAAUGAAUCAAUCCAUAUACACAGCCAUAGAUGUUUCAAAGUCCAUUAAUGGUUUAGAGAUCAAGUAUGUGGAUAUAUUACCAUUGUUGUUUGCCAGCACUAAUCUCUAGAUUAAUGGGAGAUAACUGCCUACAGUACCGGAUUUCAGGCAGAAGAUUCUUGCUGCCAACAGCAUACUCUUUGCUAAACUGGAAUACAUAUACUUAACGACAGAAAACUUUUAUUUACAUAUAUGAUGCAUAUGCUGUUCCAUUACAGCCUUACAUUAAUUUAGUC